UUGAAUUCGGCCGAACCACGUAUAUGUAUUAUAAAAUAAAUUAUAGAGUUUUCUAUCGGAUACACAACUAACAAAACAUGUUCUUCCUCUUGUUUGUUCUGAAAACCGCCAUUUUCUUUACUGACGUUACUGGAAAAGAAUGUGUUACGCCCGAGGAAUAUCGUAACAACAGCUGCGAGGCUUAUUGCACGGAAGGGCAGCCACUCUUCUGCAAUUCUGUUAGCAUUGAUUCCGACUGUUACUGUGGAAAUGGAACAGUAAGAGAUAACACAACACACGAGUGUAUCUCGCCUGAAGAAUGUACCAAGAAAAUAUGCGGUCCGGAUCAACAAUUCGUGUUUUUCGGUUUUAAUGUGUCGGUGUGUACAAGUAAAGGUUACAUUGUCUCUAUACUGAUACUUCCCUACUUGUUUUGUUCGUGUGAAAAUUCACUACUUGAUGAGUGCGCUUUGACGGGCAAGUGUUUAACAGAAGAACAGUGUGACAAAAGACAAUCAAAUCCCAUGAAUUGUUCUCUAGACGCUGAUUUUCACCGUUAAAUAUUCUGAUAUAUGUAAAAAUUUUGUAUUAUUUCCAUAUAAAUCGAUGAUUUCGUACUGUUUUCAUUAAUAAAAUAUAAAAGAAUGUACCAUUUUGUUUAAGGAAAUAAUAUUAAAACAGGAAUAACGUAUAAUCCGCAAUCUCCACCUAUCUCUACAUUUGAUAUAAUAUAAAGAUGAUGUUCCUAAAUACUGUAUUAAACGGAAAUGAUAUUAAAUUUAUAUUUUAAUAAAAUAUUAUAAAAUAAAUUUUAUGUUUUUAUAAAAUAAUCUAACUGUAGGGCGAAACAGUCGGUUUGGUGGGACGUGGCAACGAGACACGUGGGCGAUUCGUCGAAGGGAGUGG